CCCGUCCUGUCCCACCACUUACAGGCUGGCUCUGGCUAAGAUGAGCGCCGCCGCCCAGGCUCCGGAGCCCGACCGGCAGGAGGGGGGGCCCGGGCAUGGCCCCGGCCCGGCCCCGGAGGGCAGCCCGCAGGAGGAGUUUGACUUCUCCAUCCUCUUCGACUACGACUACCUGAAGCCGAUCGAAGAAGAACCGACUCCACAUAAAACCAACAGCCCACCUUCUGGAGUUACAUACGAUCAUGAUGUCUUGGACUGUGGCCUCAAGCCAUGCCCUCUGCCUUUUUCUAGCCUUUCUGCAGAUCCCAUGGGCAGAUAUGGACAGCCAGAUAGCCAGAUAGGGACAACACCUACCUACCCUGCCAACGCUGCAGGGCCCUCUGCUCCGAGCCCUAGGAUUGAAAUUACUCCAUAUCAUGAACUGAUUCAUUCAGGGGGUCCCUUCCGCAGCAGAGACACAGAUGUUCUUUUGGUAGAACGUCAGUCAAACUCAGCUACUACUAGCCCGAGGGUUACCCUGCCUGUCCCCGGCUUUGAGGGCUACAGAGAACCACUGUGUCUGAGCCCAGCUAGUAGCGGCUCCUCUGCAAGUUUCAUUUCAGAGACAAAUGUAUCUCCUUGCACAUCACCAUGUGUUUCACCAAAUAAUGGUCCUAGUGAUGACCUUUGUCCACAGUUUCAAAACAUCCAUACUCAUUAUUCUCCUAGAACCUCUCCAAUAAUGUCACCACGAACAAGCAUCACGGAGGAAACCUGCUUGGGACGACAUUCACCAUCACCCUGUCCCAACUCAAGGUCUUCAUCACCAGGUGCAAAACGAAGGUAUUCUUGCACUGAGCUCUACAAUACUCAGCUGCCUUCCACUUCUCCACGACAGUCAAGGACCCCCUCUCCACAAUCCUCUCCUCGCAUCCCCCUGGGAGAAGACAACUCUUCAGUUACAUAUACACAGUUGCCCAACGCUUCUCUUUCCAUGGAUGCUAUGAGCAGCCUUUCUACAGAUCCUUCCUGUGGUGUUCCCACAAAAAUUUGGAAAACCAGCCCUGAUCCUUCAUCAAUGCCUUCCCACAAAAACAGCAUUCCAUGUCACGUCUUUCAGACUGUUGACUUCCAUGGGCCUUGUGAGCAGGAGGACAGAAGAAACUCAGCCCCAGAAUCAAUUUUGUUGGUACCUCCAUCCUGGACAAAGCAACUGAUGCCUGCAAUACCUAUCUGCAGUUUACCUGUCCAGUCGCUGCCACCUCUGGAGUGGCCACUCUCCAGCCAGUCUGGCUCCUAUGAGCUGCGCAUCGAGGUGCAGCCGAAGCCUCACCACCGGGCACACUACGAGACAGAGGGAAGCCGAGGGGCUGUCAAGGCACCGACUGGAGGCCACCCUGUUGUCCAGCUUCACGGUUACAUGGAGAACAAACCCUUGGGCCUCCAGAUCUUCAUUGGGACAGCAGACGAGCGGAUACUCAAACCUCACGCUUUCUAUCAGGUCCACCGCAUUACGGGAAAAACUGUCACCACCACCAGCUAUGAAAAAAUCAUUGGCAACACUAAAGUUUUAGAGAUCCCCUUGGAACCCAAAAACAACAUGAAAGCAACCAUUGACUGUGCAGGGAUUCUGAAGCUGAGGAACGCGGACAUCGAGCUGCGCAAGGGAGAGACGGACAUCGGCAGGAAGAACACCCGUGUCCGGCUCGUCUUCCGCGUGCACAUCCCCGAGGCCAGCGGCAGGAUCAUUUCUCUGCAAGCAGCAUCAAACCCUAUCGAGUGCUCCCAAAGGUCUGCUCAUGAACUUCCGAUGGUUGAAAGACAAGACAUUGAUAGCUGCCUUGUUUAUGGAGGACAACAGAUGAUCCUGACUGGACAAAAUUUCACAGCAGAGUCCAAGGUGGUGUUCACAGAAAAAACAUCAGAUGGGCAGCAGAUCUGGGAAAUGGAGGCAACAGUGGACAAAGAUAAGAGCCAGCCUAGCAUGCUUUUUGUAGAGAUACCAGAGUACCGUAACAAGCACAUUCGCACAGCUGUGAAGGUGAACUUCUACGUCAUCAAUGGGAAAAGAAAAAGAAGCCAACCCCAGCAUUUUACCUAUCACCCAGUACCAUCAAUCAAAACAGAGCCCAUUGAUGACUAUGAUCCAGCCUUAAUCUGCAAUACAGUACACAGUGGUCUGGGAACAGUAACACAGCCUUACUAUUCACAGCAUACAAUGGUCACCGAAUCCCCUUCCUGUCUUGUGGCCACUAUGGCUCCUUGCCAGCAGUUGCGCUCAGGCCUUUCUUCUCCUGAUUCUCGAUACCAUCAGCAGAAUCCAGCCGCUGUAAUAUACCAAAGAAGCAAGAGCCUUAGCCCAAGCCAACUGGGCUACCAACAAUCCAAUUUGAUGGCUACACCAGUUGCUAUUUCAGAUGCCCAUAGGUCAGUAUUGGUGCAUGCUGGUUCUCCAGGUCAAACUUCAGCAGUACUUCACCAUUCUCCAGGCAACCAGCAGUCUUCUCCAGUGAUUCAUUACUCUCCAACCAACCAGCAGUUGAGAUGUGGAAGUCACCAAGAAUUUCAGCACAUCAUGUGCUGUGAAAAUUUUACAUCCAAUGUUGCAAGAUCCAGCCAGCCCCAGGUCAGUCAAGCACAAAGGUUAAGUCCAAAUUCAUAUCCUACCGUGAUACAGCAGCAGACAACCUCAGGCCAGCGAACAGCAAAAAAUGGACCACCAGUUAGCGACCAGAAAGAAGUGUUGCCAGCUGGAGUCACUAUUAAACAGGAACAGAAUCUGGACCAAGCAUAUCUGGAUGAUGAGCUGAUAGAUACACACCUUAGCUGGAUACAAAACAUUAUAUGAAAAAGAAUGACUGUGAUCUUUGAUCCAAGCAAUCAAAAAGAAAGUUAACGAAAUUAUCAGGAAGGAAUUUUCUGGACUCCCAGCCAGAAAUCAGACGUAGAAGAAGAUCUGUGAGACAACUUUUACCAAAUCCUUCCAUAACUGACCUCUUAGAUCCUUCCAAUGCCCCUGCAACCUCCUGCUUCCUUAACUGUUCAUCUCAAGGCACCAAUUCAAUGCAAGGAACAAUGUACUGGCAUCAAGCUGACAGCCUUGACUAAGCAGCUCGCCACCUCUCUCUGUAAACAUUGAGAAGGACACCCUUCCUUUCGUCCAAAGAUCGUAUUGUUCUCAUGUAACAGAGUAUCUGUCUGAGGAAACUCUUCAAGCCUGCUGCAAAAUACCUAUCUAUGUAUCUAUCUAUCUUAGGGAGAAGUGAUAUGUCAGCCCUGAACACCACACAGAGCAAGGGAGGUUAUAUAUUAGUGCUUAUUUGGGUGGGGUGGGAAAUGGGGGAAGAAAGAGUAAUAUAUUCCAUAAAAGAAUAAUGACAUUUUGCAGCUCCCCAGCAGUGACUUGUGCCCUCCAGGUCUCAAAGCCCUUCUCAGAAAUUUUACUGUUGUAGGAAACUGAGGCAACCCAAGCUUGUUCAGCCUUUAUCUGACCUGGGAUCAAAAGCUGUUUUUUGAUGACUCUGAGCACCGUGAUCAGUAUUUCAAACAGUAGACACCAGCUCAAUCCAGAAAUUCUCUUCAUUUUUCUUGUCAGACUGGGUAGGAAUUUGAAGGAGAGGGAUGCUCAUGGAGAACCAGUGAAAAGAGCAAUUCAGCAGCUGUAGCACCUGCCCCAAGGUAAAAUAAACCCAGAUAAAACAGAGAGUAAUAUAUAGGAGUCACAGUAAAUCCAAAGAUGUUAUGAUUGAUCCUUACUAAUAUUUAGGCAGUGUAUGAAUACGUCUUAUAUAUUUUCUUUCUAACAAAUGAUUGCUGAUUCUUUUCAUAUAGAACUUAUUCUUGACUCAUAACUUGUCUCAUUUAGCAGUUGUAACACUUAACCAUACAAGCUGCAGGGGAAAAUAACUGCAUCUUACAGAAGCCAGAAACAGUAUACACUUACUUAUAUUCACCUUAUCUCUUCAGCUUUGCAGAGCUACCAGCAACUUCUGGAAAGGUUACAUUUCUGUCUGAGUUAGAAUGUUUGUUAUGUUUUGCUUCAUGUGUUAGAAUAUACUGCACUGACACAGGCUUACCACAGUAAAAGAUAACCGCUGCCCUCUGCAGUCGUACAGCUAGCAAGUUUAUAACACUUCGGUGUGUCAUUGCUACCACAGUGUGAUCCAAAAGGCAUCAUGAGUGGAUAAUCAAUGUACAGUAGAAGGUAGCCAUAAUAUUGUAGGAAAUGCAUAGUAAUCUUUCCUGAUUUUGUAAAUGAGGAACACUGAUUUUUUUUUUCUUGAGUGCAGAGCCUGAGCUCUGCUCUAGGAAGCAUGAUGAAACUGUCCUGUUUUCACUUGUUUCACAGUAACCUUUGCUGAAUACCAGUGCAUCCACAUGCUCACAGCAGGAAGUAGGUUAUAUGAAUACAGCAGACCAGCUGCAUAAUUGGUUCCCCAAUAGUGCAAGAAAGAUCUUGCACAAACCCUGCAGACUAAGUGCUCAGUUCAACAGAGAUCAUUUUAGCAGUUUUGAGAAGAAUGUAUUUUCUGCCACAAGAAGCUGAUGUUUAAACUCUGCAAGGGCUUCAGUUUUAGGAUGGGAGAUGGAAGCGUUAGACUUUCCAGAAGACCUGACCUAGAUCUCAGCUAUAAUCUUGGCUCUUAACCUGAAAUAUGAUUUUUACAGGAGUAGCUCUAAGCUCUGGAUUCAACCAAGUCUAAAUCCAGAACUGGAGCACAGCCCUUCCUGACUGCACGUCCUAAACCAACAUCAGUAACACAGCUUGAGGAGACUGUGUCUUUUGCCCUCGAGGUACUGCCAACACACAUCAGCAGCGCUGGUGUGAAAUGGUGAGUGGAAGCAGGCAUUAGUCCUCCUUGUGAGAUUCAAAGCUCUCCUCACAAAACGAGUCCCCCUCUAUCUCAUUCAUUUGGCAACGCCAAAAAGCCACUGGCUGCCUCCUUCUGUUGCUCAUACAGUGAGCUCCAGAUGUUGUGUUCAGUAUGAAUGUCACGACAGUCAAGCCUCAGCCUGUUACCUGCAGAGAUGAAAAUGGCCUUUUUUUAUUGCUAACUUUCAGAGGAACAAAUUCAAGUCUCAGAGCAGCUGAAAUGACUUCUGCACGGGGGAAUUACUGACUGUUAGACAGCACUUAUGUAGUACUUUGGUUCAUAUGCUGCAAAUAAGCUAUUUUGGAUUGGUUUAAAACUGCCAGUUUGCCAGAACUUGACGUAUACUAGGGAUUUCUAAUGCACUCUGAUGUUUUGGACAACUUGCAAAAAUUCUUUAGGCUAAAAGUUGUCUGUCAGAAGUUCUUUGCUGCAGCUGAGCAAAAGAUCAGACCAAAUAUAUCUCCUGCUUUCACAUUAAGUCACACUUGGAAGUAUCAAAAAUUACCAUCUCCUUUUCCCUGAUUCAACCUGUAAAGUAUAGGUGAGACAUUAAAAAUCCCACCACCAAACAAUCCAAAAGCCCAUUCACAGAAGACCAGAAGUCCCCAAACAACUGACAGAAACUUUUCUCUUGCUGGAUUUUAAAUAGAAAACUAACAAAGACUACAAAUGUCUUUUCAGAUCUGCAGACACUGAUGUAGUCUAAAAAUAUUGCUGAUAUUUGAAUGCCCAUAGCAACUGCUUGUCAAUGGUCCUCUGUGUACAGAUGAAUGGAUGAUCUUGAAGUCAGAUAACCACACAAGUCCACUAGCUACCUUCCUCCUGCAAUGUGCAAUUGCAGUACACAUCUUCACAAUGCAAACUGAUUUUCACACACACACACACUAUGCCCCAUUGAUCAUUUAAACAGCUUUCUCCCCAUUUUACUCUAAGGCAUAAAUGUGUUUAGCAGACAAGAAAAACGUGGACUCAUAGCAGAGGCUUUCCAGCAUUCAAAAGAAUCCAGGCAGGCAAACUCCUGAGCCCCCUGCAAUGUUCCAUCAAAGCUACUUUGCAGAUUGCACCCAUGAAAGAUGUAGUCUUUAACUGAAAGACUAGAUAGUCACUGCUCUUAUGUGUUCCUUUGGGCACUUUAUUAUAGAGAAGGAAAAAAGGAAAGGUUUUUUUUGUUUGUAAUGUGCUACAAGUGCUUUACUUGUACUUACAGUUAGUUAUGUUUCUUCCUCAUUUUUAAUAGAGAGACAUCUAUCUGUGUUUGUGUAGGGACCUGCAUAUUUAUGUAAUAUAACCAUAUAUACAGAUAUGUGGCUAUAUUAUAUCUGUAUGAUCCUAUGGGAAUACACAGACACCCCAGUACAACCUUGGGUUACGAUCCUACAGUUGGCUCCAGGCAGCCAGAUGUAUGCAGGCACAUGAAGCCAGCUACUGGAUCAAGGGUUCAUAAGAUGUAUAUAAUAUAGACUACAUUUUAGUGGUUUUAUUUACAGCUACAUGAGGUCAGGCUGUGCUACUCUGUUUGCUUUUACAUGCAACUGUUAGUUUAAUAACACAGCUUUAUAUUUAUUUCCAGAGAAAAGGAGUGUCCUCAGACAUAGCGUUAGGUAUUGCUGUCUCUCUUGAAAAAGAAAAACAAUAUGUUAAGGUUAUAGAGCUAGGCUGAAGAACUUCAAAAUAUACAGUACUAAAUUAUUUCCUGUUCUUGCUGAGCAGUGGUUUUCCAGUAUUAAUAUUUUCUUUCUUACUAUAACUUGCUCGCUUUCUGUAGAAGCAAUAGCUUAACCUUGGAAGAGUUAAUAUCAUUUUGUGAGUAAUUUGUUCUCACUUUAUCUGGAAGAUAGCCAUACUUGCACAUGAGGAAAUUCUGUCUUUCCUCAGUUAUCUGAAUGUUUCACCACAGUGCCUUCCUGCCAUUGUACCAAAGGCCUCCAAAUAUAUUGUCUACAGGGUGAACAACUCUAAUGCAUUUUCCAUCAAAGUUAGACCAUGCAAAGUCCAUGGGGCUUCUUGGAACUCAAAAGUUCAUCUCUUUCGGUUUUUGUGUGUGUGUGUGUGUGUGCAAUUUUUUUUUCACUUCCAUUCUUCCAUCCAAGUUUUGGCUGCAAAUACAGGAUGAGCUUCUAUAAACUUCUGCAUCAAAUAUAUGACUACAUAGAAUAAAAUCAUCAUUCAUGAUAUGUAAACAGUCUGAGAGUGGAAUGGGAGUGGACAGAUACGAGGAAGAUUGUUUUUUUCUGUCAGUUAUGAGUGUUGGAAGUAGAGUUUGCCAGGAAAGUAAUUGCUUGUGAAGAUACUUGCAAUGAAAUAUGAAGUCCCAUUUUGUUUUUCUCCAUGAGAAUGAGCAAAAUGUAAGAUCUGAACAACAGCGAUGGAAUGAAAGUGUCCAACGUAUGUGUUUUUAGUGGUAGAAAGAAUGUAGAAGAGCCAUGGGGUUUGCACUUGCCUUUCUUUUUGGUAUCCAUGUAAAUAUGUAUCACUUCCAUUCUUCUAGGAAUACAGCAUUUCCUGAAUGUAGAACGUCUCCCAAACCAGCACUAUGUUAUUCUCUAGUGUGUAAAAUGCUGCUGCUUGAUAACAUAUCUAAACCAGUUCUCAGUUUAGCUAGCAUGGGGUUCUUUUUUGAAGUAUAUUUUGUAAUCCUUAUCUUUACCAAAAAAAAAAAGUGUCUAUGCUUUUUGUCUGACCAAAUAUGCAACGAUUUUUGGAGUAAGGGGUAGUAUUUAUAAAGGAUCAAUUUUCAUUUUCUGAGUGUAUUCAUUUUCUAUGCAAUUGUUGUUGAAUUGUUAUCAUCCUUAAAAAAAAAAUAAAUAAAUAACUGUAUGGCAUAGAUUUUCCAAAGACUUCAAAGAAGCUUUAAGCACUGCAUUAAGAAGUUUCUAAAUAUUUCAGUCUGCCUUUUUCCCCCUGCAUGUCUUUCCAAAUUGCUACUCAGUAAGGGACAGUGACCUGCCAGAUAGGAUUAAAGAAAAUGACUGUCUUCAUUUCAAAUUUUAAACUGAUUUGAGACUUUCAUAAAUUUUGCACCACUUGAAAUCAUCUGAUGGUCCAGUUUAGUGUUUGUUAUUUAUAUUAUGUAUUCCUGUGCAAUAGAAAGAGGCACCAAUGUUGGGUUUCGACUGGGUGAAUUGUUUUCCUCAUCGUUUACAUUGCAGUGGUUUCUUACCUGUAAGUGUAAGGCACUUCUCUGCCAUCACCCGUGGAAACCUGUAGAGGUUUUAUUCAUCUCAGUUCAGAAUGACUAAUCCACCUUUUUGAAUGAUUGUGAUACGUUUGACAUCUGCCUGGUUUAAUGUCUGCUACUUCGUAACUGCAGUGGGUGACAGCUGAUAGCAGUUUACUGCCAAUCAGUGUCUGAUCUAUGAUGGCCUUUUAAAGCUUUCUUUAGCCAUAUUCAUUGGUUGUGGGGUAGGAAAAAAAAUGAAAUUGAUAGCUGACCCACACUGCAACAAAUUUCCCAUGCAGGUGCUGGCACUGUAAAAGAUCAUACAAGUGGCUUUCUGGAGGGAAAAAUGAGCAUUCUGUGUUCCUUCUCAGUAACUCUCAUAAACCAGCGAAGUUGGGUAGAAAUUCCUAGCGUGACUGAGUCAGGAAAAUGAACAAUGCUGUGUGUGUAAUAGCCCAGAAAUGCAUCAUUGGAAUAAUCAAUUAUUCCAGGAUUAAACAGCCAUCAGUAUCUUACUGCACAAGUAAUAAGAUCUAGGAACAGAGAAUCAAGAUACAGUUAAUAAUGUCUUAAUAAAGUCUCAGUAAUGUUGGCCUAACUGGGACUUACCUAUUUGUGAGUGUGUGUGUGAGUGAGUGCAAUUACGAAGUGAUCCCCUCCUCACUGAAGUCCAAGCCUCCUUGCUGAAGCCCUACCCUGUGCAUUCAGGUAAAACCAUAUGUUGAUAGAUACACGAGUGAGCAACUGUCACUCCGAUCAGGCUAACGCAAGUCCUUUACUCAAACGCCUAACUUUAAGAAUUUAAACAUGGGUUUGUAUCAUUCACAUUCCUACAACAACAUUUGUUAACCUCCAACAUAAUGAUGUUUUUGCUAUCUGUAAAGUAUUUUUUUAUAUAGUGCCUGUACUAUGGUAGUUUAGCAAUAAAUGAAAAGGUAUCAUCUCCUGCA